AUGGCAAUGAUUUCCUGCAAGCGAACCUCGCGUGCCUCCGUGCUGGCUAGCUUUGCUGGUACAGUUUUCCUUCUCCUGCUCCUGCACCACAUUCUGUCUCCAAAUAUCAUCGCCACUUCGCCUGAAAGAUUGAAAGACGCCGCCGAUACCGUCGACCACUGCGACACGCCGAGCAACACCACAAUACCUCGGAUACCAAACAUAAUUCAUCAAAUAUGGAAGAACAACGACCUAUCCACCUACCCGCUCACGGCGUCCUCGGGCAGCUGGGAAUGGAGAUUCGAAACCACAAACUACACCGUCAAGCUUUGGACAGAAGCCGACAUUGUCAACCUGGUCAAGACUUCAUAUCCGUGGUUCCUUUCCACCUACCAAUCUUACAAGUACGAUAUUCAACGCGCCGAUGUCGCUCGACUGAUGGUUGUGCACCACGAAGGCGGCGUCUACGCCGACCUGGACGCGUACCCUUCGCGCGACACAUCGGCCGAAACGAUAUCCUGCCUGCAGAGCUUGGGCUACCAGGCGAUACUGUCCCCUACAGGCGAAGAUAGGGGCAUCAGUAACCACUUUUUCAUGGCAGAAAAGGAUUCCGAGUUCUUGCUGUGGGCACUGCACGAAGCGAAAAAGAGAGCAACUUCCCUUUCAGGACGCUUCAUGCUUCCUUAUAUGGUUGUUUUCUGGUCUACAGGUCCCAUGAUGAUUACUUCCGUGAUGAACGAAUACGCCUGGUUGUAUAACCAAGCUGCCGAAAUCAAAUCCAUGGCGGUCCUGAAGGACUUGUACCUUCAUAGUUUUGUCCACCACGCCGCAGGUCGAUCGUGGCAUGGCUCUGACGGCCGUGUGCUUAAUUAUAUUGCUGAUCAUUUCAGGGACGUCAUUGCUCCUGCUUUGAUUUUCCUCACGGCUGGAUGCGCCGCAAUCAUCAUUGCGCGGCGCUGGCGCUGGGCGCUGGUUCGCCCACACUUCUACAAUGCCGUCCGCCAGUCACGAUUAUAA